CGCUAGACGUCGAUGAGUUAAUGUUUGUUUUUGUAAAUUACAAAAUACAAAUUAACCACCACGUAACAAAUACAAUUUACGUGUAUGUAGGGAAGAUCACACGCAGUAUAUGGUGGACAUUCAUAUGUUGUAUGGUGAUUACAGCUGAAAACAUGGAAGAAGUACUGUCGUACGGAGCAAACAAAAGUAACAAAAAGAAAGUGGAAAUGGAUAAAAUACUGCCGUUUGUUAUCCUGCCGCUUUUGCUGCUUUUAUCCGCGUGGUCACGAGCGAUGACAAUAGUCGUCAUGGUAGCUAUAGGUAUGGGAGCACUCUACGUUCAUUCUAGGCCACGACAGAAAAAUAGGUCACCUUUCUUCCUCUCCUGGACUCUCUCUUCGGGGAUAUACCUGUUCCUGAUUUUCGAGUUUGGUGUGAUGCGGCUUCUGGAGAUCACACAAACAGAGAACUUUGUGUUUCUUUUACUUGUGGCGUGCACUUGUUACUUCUUCUACAAGAUGAAGGCCAUUGCCGACUUUGAACUAGCAACUGGGUCAUCUAAGGGAAAGGAAUAUAGUCCAGUUUUGACAUCAGACUCACAUUAUUGCCAGAUAUGUCAAAUUGAAGUAAAUGAAAGGUUCUUCCAUUCAAUAUGGUGGGAUUGCUGUGUGCUCCGACCAAACUAUCUGUGCUACCUAGCAGGUCAAAUAUUCGCGUUCGCCACCCUGCUGUUCGGCACCAACCUGGCCCUGACUUCCAUCUGCCAGCCGUUCAUACUGAUCGGAACUAUCCUGCUGCCUGAAGACUGCCAGGAUGUGUACUAUCAGAUGGAUUUGGCGAUAUGUUUCGCAUCAUCGGUGUACGGAGUGGGGUACCUGCUCAUCAUCACGUUCGUACUGCUGCAUCAACUGCUGGUUUACAUACCCAAAUACAGUGAACCCCAAUGGCGGAAGAUAGUCAACGUGCUAAAUGUGUGAAACAAACAUAAUAUAUAACUAAAAAGCAAUUUACGAGACUGAAUCGUGUAUUUUUAGUUUACUGUAGUGGUAUUAAUGAAUUUAGUGUUCAUUUCCGACUUACAAACGCAGUUUUGUGUUAAGAGACUCGAAAAUGUAAGGCUUUAUACGACUAGGUACGCUUUUCAUAGGAGGAUAUAAGAUUAACCUUUUCGACGCCGUAUCAAACACAAAAGCCGUCAUCCAGACGCCACGUCACCGAAGCGUCAAAACUGAAAUUGAACUUUAUGCAUAUGCAUGUAGGUCUUUGUUGCUUUGUGGUCUAUGACCGAUUAAUCGGUCUUUGGCGUUGAACCUACGGUGCGUAUAUAUCGGUCAUUGGCGUCCAAAAGGUUAACCCGUUGAACGUCACGCCUGUCGUGUACGGCGCGUCAUCGUGAAAUGCAUGAAGGUUCAUAUUUGACCGUAGCUGCGCGCGUCAGUUGGCGUCUUUGGCGGUCACAGGGUUAAAAGGCCCUCACAACACGUAAGUGUAUAAAAUGUGUAAAAAUUAAUAGGGAAUUGUACCAUCAGCAAUAUACUUGAGGCUCCGUCAGUUGCAUCAUGCUAUUAUGGGUGUUCCAUCUAUCCAAUAUCUGGGGCCAAUGUGUAUUUGCGUCUCACAUUUUGCUUAAUGAGAGUGAGACGCAAUCUGAUAGUGUCCAUCCUGGCAGUCCUCGGACAGCAGGAUAGUGUCUAUAAGUAUGAACGGCUUGCAGAUGGAAGUCAGGGCCAGGUUGGUGCCUUACGCAGCGUCUUACGUAAGCGAACAUCUCGCGUACGCUAAGCGAAGCGGCGCGGCGGGCCCACGGCGUUCGCAUUCGCAACGAGAUCGCCCACGUAGGACACUUCUAACGGUAUCAAAGGAUUGAUUCACCCCGCGCCGCAUCGCUUCGCUUCGUGUUCGUGUGUUGUUGGCCUACGUAGUACGCUGCGUAUUUAGCAGUGUGGCGAACGCGAAUAUUUGACCUGCUAGGUAGCACAGGUAGUGCUACCUAGCAGGGUCCCAAAGGAUAAUUGUCAAUGAUAGUUAUCGUGAUUUUUAUGCCUGAUAAUUAUCGAUUUGAUAAUAACCUAAAAUUUAUGAAAUUUAUUUAGAUUGUUACAUGAUGAUUAUCUUAUAAAUAAUGUGGUUAAUAAAAAAACGAAUCAAUUUAGUUCAGUUUUUAUUUGUACAUAGCAAAAAUAAAUAUAUAUAUAGCACUAUCCAUACCUGAGAUAAUUAUCCGAUAUUUAUUUUAUCGCGAUAAAUAUCAAAGACUAAUUAUCUGGAUAAUUUCGUACCCUGCAAAAAGUUCUAUUUAACCGCCACUUAUAUUUAUCACACCUAUCUUGCAUUCGUAAACCUUGUCAGUGGGCGGUGGUGAUGGUGAAUUUUGGAUUUUAUGAGUUGUCAUAUUAUAUUAUAAUAUGUUUAACUGUUAUCGGCGGUACUAAGACGCCCUUUGCCAAACCAAACGCCAAAAAAUACACUUUGGAGAAAGGGAGAUAAGAAAUAUAAACCUGCAACCAUCCUAAGUAGUGUACUUUUGAAUGUACUGGUUUAAUUCUAAAAGCAAUUUCGUACAUGAGCGAUUGAUUGUAAUAUAAUAAGUAGCAUUAUUUUGGUAAUAGCGUUCGCUCAAAACAAGACUAGUAUUUAUUUAUGGCAUUAUUCAUAAUCGUCGUGUGAAAUUUAACAAACCGAUGAUAAUCGUAUGUCCCUAUCCGUCAUAUUGACAUUUCUGAUUGUAAGAAAGAGACACAAUUUGACAAACGUUUGUGAGAGGUUGCUAAGCUUUAUUAAUGAAAUGAAAUGAAAAAUAUUUAUUUUGAGUCACUAUGCUAUGGACUCAUACAGA